GACAAAACGACAAAACGUCAAAGUUACAAUCAGUGCAGAGGAAUUUCUGUAAAAACGAGACUACAGACUCUGAGCACUGUUCGCCAUCGAUCGGUCCGGAGUACAUGACGCUUGAUCCACUCGGCGGGACACGCUGGAAAAAACGGAGAAACCUCGGGAGGAUGUCCAGUGCCGGGAACUGGAGCUGAAAAUCGUUACGGCAAGAUGUGAGGCGAACCGGGAGAAAGGAGAGACCGAGGCCAACGGCAGAAUGUUGGUCCGGAGCUCGUCCGGUCGACGUCGAGCCAGAGUGACUCACGCCGUCAUCGUGAUCUUCCUGGAGUUCUUCGCCUGGGGGCUGCUGACCACGCCCAUGCUGACAGUUCUUCAUGAGACGUUCCCUCAGCACACCUUCCUGAUGAAUGGCCUCGUUCAAGGCGUCAAGGGCUUCCUGUCAUUUUUGUCGGCUCCUCUGAUUGGUGCGCUGUCAGACACCUGGGGCAGGAAGUCCUUCCUCCUCGUCACGGUCUUCUUCACCUGCGCCCCCAUCCCCUUCAUGAGGAUCAGCCCCUGGUGGUACUUCGCUCUGAUCUCAGUCUCAGGGAUUUUCUCCGUAACCUUUUCGGUGAUUUUCGCCUACGUCGCUGACAUCACAGAGGAGCAUGAGAGAAGCACGGCAUAUGGACUGGUGUCGGCGACCUUCGCUGCCAGUCUGGUGACGAGCCCGGCCAUCGGGGCCUACCUGUCCGCUCAUUACGGAGACAGCGUGGUGGUCCUGGUUGCCACGGUGAUCGCUGUGGCCGACAUCGCCUUCGUGUUCUUCCUGGUCCCCGAGUCUCUGCCGGACAAGAUGAGACUGUCGUCCUGGGGGUUCCCCAUCUCCUGGGAGCAGGCCGACCCCUUCUCCUCGCUGCGUCGAGUAGGUAAAGACUCCACGGUGCUGCUGAUCUGUGUCACCGUGUUCCUGUCCUACCUGCCUGAAGCCGGACAGUACUCCAGCUUCUUCCUCUACCUGAAGCAGGUCAUCCAGUUUUCAUCUGAAGCCAUCGCCGGCUUCAUCGCCAUGGUGGGAAUCCUCUCCAUCAUCGCCCAGACGCUCCUCCUCAGCGUGUUAAUGAGGACCAUCGGUAAGAAGAACACGGUUCUGCUCGGACUGGGUUUCCAGAUCCUCCAGCUGCUGUGGUACGCCUUCGGCUCGGAGCCCUGGAUGAUGUGGGCCGCAGGGACACUUGCAGCCAUGUCCUCCAUCACCUUCCCAGCAGUCUCAGCUCUGGUGUCUCACAACGCCGCGGCUGACGAGCAAGGUGUGGUCCAGGGGAUGAUCACAGGUAUCAGAGGUCUCUGUAACGGUUUGGGUCCGGCUCUGUACGGCUUCAUCUUCUUCCUGUUCAACGUGGAGCUGAACGACACACCGCCAGUGGCUCAGACACAAGACACAGAGAAGUCCGUCAUUCCGGGUCCUCCCUUCCUGUUCGGAGCGUGCGCCGUCCUCAUCGCCGUCUUCGUCGCCAUCUUCAUCCCCGAGCACCGUCGAUCGACCGACAGCAAAAGCUGCUCCGCCACCGGCAGCAGCGUCGCCGCCGCACACGCUCAGAACGGCAGCUCUCUGACCACGCCCACCAGCGACCCGGAGGACAUCGAGCCGCUCCUGCAGGACACGAGCAUGUGACCGAGCGCCGUUUGUUGGUGUGGGAGGAACUUCCUGGUCCUUCGCAGCACGUUCCUCAGGUGAGCAGGUAGAACCAAAGGGCUUCGACGGGUCAGAGCCCAACAGCUGAGCCGCGACUGAAGGAGGAUUAUUUAUUCAACGGAACGUUUCGCCGCUGCCUGUUUUUACUCAUUCAGAGCGUUUUACUGGAGAACGUUUACGCCCCGCCCCCAGCACAGCCACAGGUCCGGUCCCACCAGAAUCCCACAGAACCUUCGUAUUUUGGGUCUCAGGAGGUCAAACCACUGAACUAGAGAAACACUGGAUCAGCCACCGACUGUGCUCGGUGAGGUUUAUGGCCGCCAUCUUGCUAGGUGCUGCUUGCGUCACUCUGUAGUGUUUACAUGUGGAAGCCACACAU